UAAGAGAAGAGAAGAAAGGUUGGUAGGAUCAUGGGGUGAUUAGGUCAGGCGCCUUGAGGCGAGGGGUUCCAAGGUGUCAAAGUGCUAGGAUAGGAGGCUGCGGGGGGGAAAACGGGGGACGAGAUGACGGCGUGAGAGGGAGCUCAGUGGGGCGGCGGCCUCGGCGGCUUUGAGAUUUGGGUAGGUGAGAAAAGAUGUAACCUCGGACUAUGGUAAAGUGCACCACUGUCUUGCCUCCCCAAAACUUUUCCCUUCCAACUUUGCAAAUGGAAGUUUGCAACGAGCGCAGAAGCACUGCUACCCUGGCAAUCCCGUCGUAGAGCCCUACCUCGUUCCUGCCGACAAGUUGCGAAUAUCUUUCUCUGUCUUUGUCGCGUUUCUCUCUACCAUAUCGAUGUGUUCAGACUAAGUUGCUGCUUUUGAAAAUGCCAAGGCCGGGCUCUAGACCUUAUGAAUGCGUUAGGAGGGCUUGGCACAGCGACAGACACCAACCCAUUAGAGGUUCUGUUAUACAACAGAUUUUCAGGGUUGUCAAUGAAUCUCACUGUGCUGCUACUAAAAAGAACAGAGAAUGGCAAGAGAAGCUUCCUAUUGUGGUUCUGAAAGCAGAAGAAAUUAUGUACUCCAAAGCAAACUCCGAGGCUGAGUAUAUGAAUCUUGACACACUAUGGGACAGAGUGAAUGAUGCCAUUAACGCAAUCAUUCGGAGAGACGAGAACACCGAAACCGGCGAUCUUUUGCCGCCAUGUAUAGAAGCUGCCCUUAACCUGGGUUGCACUCCCGUGAAGGCUUCGAGAAGCCAACGGCUCAGUAAUCCUAGGAGUUACCUUACCCCGAGAGCACCAGAACCUGCCUCUGCACCUGCUAGAAUUUUGGAUAAAACCAUUGAACAACGUCCAUUUUUGCCAUUGCACCCCGGAAAUCAGUUACACUUUGCGAAAGCUACUACCAUGAGUCCUACACAUCAGGUCCCAGAAUCUGACUACCAUAUUGACCGAAACACUAACCUCACCGCCCCUUGCAAUUAUCCUCUCCUGGAAGAAAACAUUUCUUCUGGCCAGAACCCGUUGAUAACAAUGGAAAGGAACACCCCACUGAACUUGGGUACAAUGUAUCCAUUGUAUUAUGGAACACAUUAUCAAACUAGAGAGUCCCAAUUAGGCUCUCGGAUCCCAGAAGGGCCACAUUCUAAGACUAUAUACAUUGGGAAACCCAUUAUUGCGACAACUGGAAAGUCUGCUGAAGAGGGUAUAUUGCAGAACCCUUUUUCCUGUAAGAACACUGAAAAUGCUUUGAAUAGAUUCUUGCAAGUGGAUGUCCCGGACACCCAGGAGGAGCCAAAUGAGAGGGAAUGUGACUUGUCUUUGAGUUUGGGUCUAUUUUCACAGUCAUCUGUAGGCAUUGAAAAGAGAUCAGCAUGUGAAGUGGAAGAUGUUGGUUCAACCAGUUGUCAAGAGGGGGGAAGGUUUAGUGAUUUGUCUCCCAAGACAAAAAAGGAGUUCAAUUUUUUCCCAAGGAAGGCUACUUUUUACCCUUUUGACUCCAGUUCGUUUGAGUGGAAUACAGAGGGUGAAGGUCAGAUUAGGGAGGCAAUGAGGAAGCGCAAGGCUCCCUCUGGUUACAAGGAUGAGGAUAGGUGAUUUUAGUGGAAUCUAGAGCUCGCAUCCUACCGGCUUACUGGUCAUAUUAAAUGGCAAGGAGGUUUGUAGACAAUCCUUCACUUUUGUAUUGUAUAUAUGCUUUGAAAUCCUAGAUGCCCUGAAACAUUUUGUUAAUUCCAUUUUCUGACCUCUGAAUCUCUGUAGCUCUCAUUGUGAAAUUUUAGAAGCAGAUGGUUGGAAGUUGCAAUGGUGUUAAA